AUGACAUACGUCAACACCAUAUUUGUCGAUGGCCCUUUGGAGGUGCAGGCGUUGGAAUAUGCAACUUAUGUAUCAAAACUUAAGGGCGAACCCGAAGAUAAUAGCGCAUUUAUAAAAGAGGUGAACGCUUUAUUGGAAGAAAAAAAUUUAGAACAAAUGUAUCAAAAAUUUUCAGUAGCAACAUCAAUAUUGCUGGAUGCACCAGAAAAAGAAUUCGAAGCUGUAUAUAAUCUUCUUAUCGCCAUUUUAAAAUCUGCAUCCCCUCAAACACAUCCGUCUUUAAUAAAAGCAUCUAUUAAAAUUUUAGUGGAAGAUGAACGUGAUAAAACCAUUCAAAAACUUAAAGUACUCCAAAAUUUAUAUAAUACUUUAGAAAUCACUUCUCCUCUUCGCUAUAAUGUAUUUAUUGCAAUACUUAAUAUUGCCACCAAAAAUGAUGAAAUUGAGACCGUACUUCCUCAAUUGUCACGACUGGAUGAUUGGGUAAAGGAAUGGUCAAUUACUACAGAUCAAGUUCGAGAGCUUUACUUAACUGUCUCUGAUAAAUUAAAAGAAACUGGAGAAGUUAAACGAUCCCACGACUUCCUAUUAAAGUACCUUGCGACAUACACUUCAUCGGACGAUGUUUCCGCAAUUAAACCUGUUGUACGGAGAGCAGUGGUCGAAGCUAUUCAAUUGCCCGAAAUCUUAAACUUCGAAAGUUUACUUGAAUUAAGUGCUAUUCAAUCACUAAAAGGAGAUGAACAUUUUGAAUUAUUGAAAGUGUUUUUAAGUGGGAAUUUAAAAGAAUAUAAAACUUUUGUCGAAACCAAUCCUGGGGUUAUUGAAAAAUUGGGACUACAGAAUGAGGAUAAUAUUCGAAAGAUUCGCUUGUUAACUUUGGCUUCAUUGGCGUCUGAACACGUUGCGCACGAAAUUACCUAUCAAACAAUUGCAAAAGCUCUCGAAAUCGAAGAAGAAGAAGUAGAAAUGUGGACGAUCGAUGCAAAAAUAAAUCAAGUACGCAAGACAAUUUUAGUAAAUCGAUCAACAUAUCGAACAUUCACGAAGGAGCAAUGGCAACAGCUUUCUAGUAAGCUUGAUGGUUGGAGACAAUCUCUAACGGAUAUUUUACAGGUGAUUGCAAAUGCAAAAUUAAUUACUCAACAUUCAAAUGUAAAUGCGAACGUUGAAUCUGGUUCAGUAGUAGUGGUUGAUGGUGUUAAUGGACAAGAAGAAGAAGGUUCCGGAAAUUGA